AAGGAGGGAAUGAGAAAGUGAUAAUUCCUCAACAUCUACAUCAUAGCAAGCGUUUAUAAGAGUGGAAUCGGUAAUACAAAUUUUCCACCUGCAAAUAAGAAAAUCUACUUAAAAGGCAAGGAAAUCAGAGUUAUAUAACAAUCACAUAUCAGCGAAGGACUUACAUAUGGAAGGGUCAAAUCUUCCUGAAGGUGUAGGUCAAGUAUCUAUGUGUGUUUCAACGUUGACUUUUCUCAAGAUGUACUGGAAGGCUAUUGUCACUUUUUCGUGGCCGCUUCUCAUCCUGCCCAUCAUUGUUUGCAGCAAUACACUGGAAGCGAGAUGUGGUUACGUGAUUUUGAUAAUGGCCGCUUACUGGAUAACGGAUUGUCUACCAAUGGGAAUCACAUCUCUUAUACCAGUGGUUUUGUUCCCAAUGUUCAGUAUAAUGUCCACGGACGAUAUCGGUCAAUGUUACAUGAACGACACAAUCAUGGUCUUCAUAGGAGGUCUCUCUAUAGCCUUGGCAGUGGAGCACUGCAAUCUUCACAUGAGAAUUGCGGUCGGUGUAAUGAAAAUUGUGGGAUGCAGCCACCGGAAGUUACUAGCUGGUCUGAUCUUCGUAACCACUGCAGUUUCCAUGUGGAUUUCUAAUACGGCAGCUACCGCUAUGAUGAUCCCAAUCAUCAUAGCAAUUCUAGAGGAACUUGAAAGGGAGGGUCUUGGAAAAAUGUACACUAUUGAAGUUGAUCCAGAAGAUCCUAAUAGAGAACCGCUACUAAUACCAAGUAAAAUAACAAAGGCCUACUUUAUGGCGACAGCUUAUUCUGCAACAUUUGGUGGAACAGGAACUCUGGUUGGAACUGGAACGAAUCUAACAUUCAAGGGAAUCUUUGAAUCUACCUUUCCAAAAUCGGAAGGUAUCAAUUUCACUCAGUGGAUGAUAUGGGCUUUUCCACAAAUGUUCAUCAAUGCCUCUAUAACGUGGAUCUACUUCCAAAUAUUCUACUUAGGACUAUUUCGUCCUAAAAGUCAGGAUGCUCAACUAGCUUAUAUUAGCUCCGACGGAGAAAAAAUUGCAAAUAGAGUCCUGCAAGAAAAAUGGAAAAAUUUGGGACGCAUGACCUUUCAUGAGACUGCAGUUGCAUUGCUUUUCGUAGCAUGCAUUUUCCUCUGGAUUUUUAGAAAGCCUGGAUUUGUUGUAGGAUGGUCUCAAUUGAUAACAGACGUAAAACUAAAAGACUCAAACCCUGUUAUUAUGAUCACAAUCCUGAUGUUCAUCAUCCCAAGAGAUCCUUCCUUUCUAUACAGCUGCAGUAAAGAUAGAUCUAAGAGACCUAAACGAUCCUCUGAAGCAUUAAUCACUUGGAAAUAUAUAGCGAAUAAAAUGCCUUGGAAUCUGAUGUUUCUCUUGGGUGGUGGUUUCGCCAUUUCCAAAGGAAGUAACGCAUCGGGUCUUUCAAGGAUGUUAGGAGAAGCUCUUAAACCAUUAGAAAAUUAUAAUCUAUUAUUUAUUUUGUCUAUACUUUGCAUUUUCAUUACCUGCAUAACAGAAUUUACAUCCAACGUAGGGGUUGCUAAUAUUGUGUUACCAGUCGUCGCCCAAAUGUGUGUGGCAAUGAAGAUACAUCCAUUUUACCUGAUGAUACCAGCAACAGUAUGUUGUUCAUUUUCGUUUAGACUGCCAGUCGGUACACCACCAAAUGCCAUCGUAACCGCCACUGGUCGUAUUCCAAUUCAAUCACUAAUCGUGGGUGGAUGUAUACCAUCGAUUUAUAGUUUGAUCGUACUUUUAAUUACAUUUUCUACAUGGGGAGUGUAUCUUUACGAUACUGAAAUAUUCCCUGAUUGGGCAGCAGAUUCCAAGGACGCUACAGAAGGCUAAAGUUCAAGCUGUCACUAAAAUAUUUUCCAUGUAUAUAAGACUAUUUAAAAAAUGUAUUUGC